AUGCCGGGCAGCUCGCGCAUUCCGCAGAGCCUCCGCGGCAGUCUGGAGAGCGUCAAGCGCCGGAAACAGGCGCUGUCGCUCAGCAUGCUCAAUCUCGAACUCCUCAAAAACAUCAUCUUCUUCUACUUCGUCCUCCGGUGGACCCGGCGCCUGUGGUGGAAGCUCAAGGGCCGCGGCAUCAUCGGCGCCAUCCUUGAGCUGUACCGCGACGUCGAACGAACCCUCUAUGGCUACUUCCUGCGCGCUCCGGGCGUGCGCGGCCAGGUGCAGAAAAAGGUCAAGGAAUCGCUCGACAAAAUGUCCAACAAGCUGGUGCCGGCCGGCCAGACAAAAUACCUGUCGCUCCCCAAGGAGGGCCUGACGGACGAAGCCGUGCGCGCCGAGCUCGACUCGCUAGCAAACAUGGAUCACACCCGCUGGGAGGACGGCUACGUCUCUGGCGCCGUGUAUCACGGCGAGGGCGACCUGCUGAAGCUGCAGACGGAGGCGUUUGGCAAGUUUACCGUGGCCAACCCCAUCCACCCGGAUGUUUUCCCGGGCGUGCGCAAGAUGGAGGCUGAGAUUGUGAGCAUGGUGCUCAACCUGUUUCAUGCCCCGGUUGGUGCUGCCGGCGUGACGACGUCGGGCGGUACCGAGAGUAUCCUCAUGGCCGUGCUGGCUGCGCGCCAAAAGGCUUACAACGAGCGUGGAGUUACGGAGCCGGAGAUGAUUCUGCCAGCUACUGCGCACACGGCUUUCCGCAAGGCCGGCGAGUACUUCAAGAUCAAGAUUCACUACGUAGACUGCCCUGCUCCUACGUAUCAAGUAGACGUCCGCCGGGUGGCCCGCCUCAUCAACCGCAACACGGUGCUGCUGGUGGGCUCCGCGCCCAACUUCCCCCACGGAAUCAUUGACGACAUCUCGGCGCUGAGCAAGCUUGCGCUGCGCAAGAAGCUGUGCCUGCAUGUGGACUGCUGCCUCGGCUCCUUUGUCAUUGCCUGCCUCGACAAGGCGGGCUUCGAGACGCAGCCGUUCGACUUUCGUCUCAAGGGCGUCACCAGCAUCAGCUGCGACACGCACAAGUAUGGCUUCGCGCCCAAGGGCAGCUCGACAGUGCUGUACCGGUCUGCCGAGCUGCGGUCGUACCAGUACUUUGUCUCGCCCGACUGGGCCGGCGGCGUCUACGCCUCGCCUGGGCUGGCGGGAUCACGGCCUGGAGCGCUGAUAGCCGGUUGCUGGGCCAGCAUGAUGCGGCUGGGCGAGACGGGAUACGUGGACGCCUGCGGCAAGAUUGUGGGGGCGACCAAGAAGAUUACCGAGGCGAUUCAGAACGGCCCCGUGCUGAGCAGCGAGCUCGAGGUGCUCGGCAAGCCGCUCGUCUCGGUGGUGGCCUUUUCGGCCAAGAACCUGGACGUGUACGACAUUGCCGACGGCAUGUCAUCCAAGGGCUGGCACCUCAACGCGCUGCAGAGCCCGCCGGCCAUCCACGUAGCCGUGACGAUGCCCAUUGUCAAGGUGUGGGAGCGGCUGGUCAGCGACCUGGAGACGGUGGUGGAGGAGGAGCGCGAGAAGGAGAGGGUCCGGCUGGUGGAGGGCAAGGGGGCAAAGGGCAAGGCCAUGGGCGACUCGGCUGCGCUGUACGGCGUGGCGGGAUCGCUGCCGAACAAGGGGGUCGUGGUUGAUCUGGCCACAGGGUUCCUCGAUUUGCUGUACAAGGUAUGA